GGCAGCCUGAUGAUACUCUGCUUUCAACAACUUUUAUUUUACUAGCAAACAGCACUGUAGCCUACUCUAUUCUACACGUUUCUCUUAACGAAAUGGGCCACAAUUCUGAGAAUUGCUCUGAUGACUUGGAUACAUUUUGGGAUGAGUAAAACAUGUGUGCCGUGUUUUACAUUCACAGCAUCGACCAGGUAAACUCGACAUGCUGCAACGAUUGUCUUUAUUUUAAAUCUAGUUUCGAUGUUGCUACGUUUUUAUCAGUGCACAGCGCGCACUUGUGGUCUACAAACAAAUCUUAUUUUCGAUCAGGGUACGAAUUUAGUCCAAACUGUGGCAGGUAUGACAAUGGGGGAGCAGCGGAAAGACCGUAUGCCGCCCAGAGCUUCAAUAACGGGAGCUUCAUGAAAUGCCAACCCUGUUCUCGCUGCACUCCAAAUCAUCAAAAGCUGUCCGAAUGCAACGAAACGACAGACACGCAAUGCUGCGUAGCGAGGGACCAGACAGGCUGUUGGAAAGGUGCCCUGAAUACCACGGUCCAAUGGUCAACAACAUUAAGGGUCCAAGUGUCAACAUCAAAUCCCACCCCAGCCAAACACAUUGAUCCAAGAUUACAUGGUGAUUCUGCAACUUCACAUGUCAACCAUCAGACUGCAUAUAAGGAACAUAAGCCAUGCUUCAUGGUCAGCCUUAAAGACUGCCUCCCAUCAGACAAUAUCCUGUAUACCAACCAACAUUCACGGAGCAAUAAGACAACAGCAGCUGUCAAUGAAGAGGUUGCUCUGCUACAGUCAGAGACCAGGAGCCUAGAGGACAUUUUAAGUCCUGACCUCCAGUCUGCGCCACUGCAGACGGUUCUGGACAACCUGGAUGUUCUAGAGGAGCUUGUGAUCCUGCUGGACCCGGAGAGCCCUGGGGUGAAGAACACCAGCCACCUAGCAUCUCGCUGCUCCUUCCCCGCCACCUGGAUUACCUACACCUACUCCCUGAGGGAGAGCAAGAGCCCCCUGAGGGCCGUGCUGGAGGGGGUCACCACCAAACACCCAGAGUGGACUGUAGGACACCUGGCCAGGUUGCUGAGAGAGAUGGACCGGAACGACACAGUGGUGGUGCUCACCAAGCUCAGCUUGCUUAAGGUGUUCUAGUCUGGGUGUGUUCUGUGUUGGGUCCGGAAAAGAUGGCUCCAUCCUGAUACAACCGCGAGUCUCUACCCCCUGCCAAGGCACUGAGAUAUAACAGGAGGGCCAGUAGGAGGCAUGCUUUUCUUGGGGACCCCAAAGCAGUGAUUGGGAACACUUGCAUUAGGGUUCAAGUAAGAUAUUUAACUGCGAUAACAUGGCACUUAUCACUUAAAGCAGGGAUGUUAAUCCCGGUAUCCUGAAAAAAAAUGGAGCUACACACUCUAGGUUAGUAUAUUAUUGCAUCUGAGCUCCUAAUAACCAACGUUUCGACAGACAAGCUGUCUUCAUCAGGGUAUAAUGACAAACACUGUGGGGUGACUAGUUUAUAUUGUGUCGAAGGACACACACACACAAGUGUCUGUAAUCAUGACCGGGUGUGGCUUGAUAUCAUUGGUUAAUUUUCAGAUAUAAAUAGAACAUACAUGAAUGGAUAGCAUACAAUCAUAGAUAACAUUUUGCUACAUAGGCCUACAAACAUUUAUAAUGAAUAGCAAGAUCACAGUAAUGGCUUCAGAUCAAAGUCUACGUUGAGACCGAGGGGAGCAAGGGUCUUUAAAGUAAAGAUCCAGGCAGCCUCUCGUUUUAACAAAUUGUCGAGGUCACCCCCUCUCCUUGGGAGAGGUGCCGAUAUAACGUAGGGACGAAAUCGAGUGUUCAUUUUUACCACAAGGACAAGUUGUAAGAUAAAUAACUGCUUUAGCAGAGCACGUGAUAACACCUUUGAUCGGGAUCGGUUUCCCUGUUUGGGGGUGUUUAAAUGAUCUACAUUUGUAAGUGACAUUGUAUUGAGUGCAGCUGUUACACUUGUAGUCUCCAUCCGGUAGAGGUGCUAAUAGACAUUGUGCAGGAGUAUUUUGGGGUGGUAAAUAAGUUCACCAAUUGAUCAGAUUUCUGCCCCGUGAAAAUAUGACCAAGGGAGGGUCCGAAAACACAUUACCGAUAGUGUCAUCGGAUCGUAGAAUGUGGCAAUGUUUGUGAACGAUUUCCAUAAUUUGUUCAGAGCACUUUAAAUGAGGGGUAGUGAGGAUGCAAGAAUGCUUCUUUUUGCGAGACUGUCCUUGAAAGAGAUUAAGGGACAUUUUGUUUUUGCCAUUCUUAUCUAAUUUCUGUGUUCAUGCAAGUGGCUGACUGGACAAAUCACACCUAUGAGUAGCUGCAAUUUGGCAGUAGGCCCAGACCGUGUUUUGAGAACAAACAAAAGAUCUGUUUCAAGGUAUCAGCUUAGAGAAAGAAUCCUUGUGAUGUGUUGGUCUGUCACAUUAUGAAACCGUAUUGGUGGGUAACAUGGAUGAAACAAAACGGUAAUGAUGAAUGAAUUAUGCCAAAUCAUGCAAAUAUAACCUGUCUUAUAUACGGCUAUACACAGACAACGGUUGGGACUGCCAAGUGUCUCUGAGACAUGUGUACUAUGCUGCAUUGAGUUGGUUGGAACCUCUCCAGCACGCUGACAAAUAAACAAUCAUUCAGUUAAGAUUGAGUGUCCCGGUGUAAGAAUUAGUUAUGGAUUUUUGUACCCCCUCUCCUAGAAUUUUUUUUGCAUCUCAGCCAUAUCUGUCAAUCUGUUUUUUAUUCGACAGAAUUGGCUGUAGGGCAAACUGUAUUUCAUGGGAAGCGGGUGACAGCUAUCAGCCCUCAAACUGUUAUGAUCAAUAGGUUUCCUGUAAAGAUCAGUAUAUAGAACAUUAUCCUCACACAAAAUCAGAAGAUCAGGGAAACUGAUAUGAUGUGCGUGACAGAUAUGUGUCAGAUCUCAGGCGCUCAGAACAAGUGUUAAGUUCCCAACCUGGCCCUCACAAUCAUUUUCAUCUUAUGUCAAACGUAAUAUCACCAACCAAUGAUAUUGCUGUAUUUAUACAUUGCUUGUUAUAUAAAUGUCAUAUUAGCAUUUGUUUAAUUCAAUUUUCAAAUGAUCAACUCCAAUUUGUUCAAACAUCUUAACAUCUUUAUUAAGCAAAUAACAUUAUAAAUAAAAAAAGUGCAUAGAAAAAUUAAACGGGUUUAGAAAUAUGUAUACAAUUAUUUACAAACUCAGGGUUUAUUUGUACAAGGUAACAAAGACAAGUUCACACAUAUUUUCAUGUCUUUAACACUUUGUUAUACUUUAAAAUAACCCUACCAUAUAGAACAUACAGCUUUCUGAACCAGUUCUGGGAGAGAUCGUCAUGGUAACUUCAGGUUUCCAACUAGUGCUUUGCAUGUUUCAUCGAACACACAGGCCAGCUCUGCAGGACAUUAAAACCAAGUUACUCUUA